UGUAUCGCUUUAUAUGGGGGCGGCGCGGCGCGGCGGGGGCGGCGGCGGCGGAGGAGCGGGGCCCUGAACGCGGAGCCGGGGCCAUGGCGGGGCCGGCCUGACCCGACCCGACCCGCUCUCGCCGCCGCGAUGUUACCGAGCCAAGCCGGGGCCGGGAACGGCACCACCGCUGCCGCCGCUGCUGCUGCUGCUGCCGCCGCCGCCGCCGCGCUGGCCCGCGGCUCGGGUUUGGGCCGGUCACCGGUGCCACAGCGCGGGGCGAACGGUGGUGGGGUGGUGGCGGCGGCGGCGGCGGGGCCGCCCGGGGGUCGCCUGGAGCGGGAAGCGUUGUACAGCGGCAGCGAGGGAGACUCGGAGUCGGCCGAGGAGGAGGAGCUGGGCGGCGAGAGGCGCGGCGUUAAGCGUGGCCUGGCCGAAGCGGCGGCGGCGGCGGCGGGGCCCGCGGCGGGAGCGGCGGCGGCGGCCGCUUACAGCGGCGGCGGCGGCGGCGGUGGUGGCGGAGGUGGUGGUGGGGGUGGCGGGGCGGUGAGCGGUGCCAAACCCGGUAAGAAGACGCGGGGCCGGGUGAAGAUCAAGAUGGAGUUCAUCGACAACAAGCUGCGGCGUUACACCACCUUUAGCAAGAGGAAAACCGGCAUCAUGAAGAAGGCCUACGAGCUCUCCACGCUGACCGGCACUCAAGUCCUGCUGCUGGUGGCCAGCGAGACGGGCCACGUGUACACGUUUGCCACGCGGAAGCUGCAGCCCAUGAUCACCAGCGAGACGGGGAAGGCGUUGAUCCAAACGUGCCUCAACUCCCCAGACUCGCCGCCGCGCUCGGACCCCACCACUGACCAGCGCAUGAGUGCCACGGGCUUUGAGGAGACAGACCUCACCUACCAGGUGUCCGAGUCGGACAGCAGCGGGGAGACCAAGGACGCCCUGAAACCAGCGUUCACUGUCACCAACCUGCCGGGGACAACGUCUACCAUCCAGACAGCCCCCACCACCUCGACCUCCAUGCAGGUCAGCAGCGGCCCGUCAUUCCCCAUCACGAAUUACCUGGCGCCAGUGUCUGCCAGCAUCAGCCCCAAUGCCGUCACCAGUGCCAACGGGACAGUGCUGAAGACUACUGGAGCCAGUGCAGUGACAUCUGGGGGCCUCAUGCCGAUACCCACUGGCUUCACCCUCAUGUCAGGUGCUUCCCUUUCUCCGGGGACCCCUACCAUUCCUCUCGCUCAGUUACAGCCGCACUCCCUGGCUUUUUCCAGCCAGCAGGGCCAGGUGCUCACGGGUACGGCUGGACAGCUGCAGCAGGCACAACAGACAGUCUUCCGCUUCCCUGCCAGAGCUGGAGGGCAGAUUGUGUCGCUGACAGGUGGUACCAUGGCUCAGCAGGUCCCAGUCCAGGCGAUCCAGGUGCACCAGGCACCGCAGCAAACGUCUCCCUCCAGUGACAGCAGCACUGACCUUACCCAGACCUCUUCCAGUGGAACAGUGACCCUCCCGGCAACCAUCAUGACGUCGUCUGUGCCAACCACUGUGGGUGGCCACAUGAUGUACCCCAGCCCACACGCGGUGAUGUACGCGCCCACAUCUGGCCUUGCGGACGGUGGACUUGCGGUCCUCAAUGCUUUCUCACAGGCGCCCUCAGCGAUGCAGGUGUCCCACGGCCAGGUCCAGGAUCAGGGUGGCGUCCCCCAAGUGUUCCUGACAGCCCCAUCAGGCACCGUUCAGAUCCCAGUCUCGGCUGUCCAGCUUCACCAGAUGGCUGUCAUCGGGCAGCAGAGCAGCAGUGGCAGCAGCCUGACGGAGCUGCAGGUGGUCAACUUGGACACCUCACACAGCGCCAAGAGUGACUGAGAGGCCUCUGCUGCUGGCCUUGCGCUGUCCCUGGCUUGCCACGCCGGUGCCGGGGCUGGCGGCAAUUCCUUCUCGUACAGACUGCACCAGUUAUUUAUUGUUGCCUUUUCACGUUUCCUUCAUCCACACAUGCACACACACACACACACACGCACCCACCCACCCACACACACAGGCAUGCGCGUGGGGCUGCAGGACCCCCCCCCCCGGGGUGGAGCGGUGCUGGGGCCGUGCAGGGCUUGGGGGCGUUUGGAUGCUGCGAUAGCUGUGCUUGUCUUCACGCCAGCCAAAGAAACUUGUCUCUUUGAGGGGAAGAUUGUUCUGCGCUGUAAAUAAAUACUGCGGGCCAUUCCCAGCGGGAGGCUCUGGCUCCUUCUGGGCGCUCUGAGUCACCUUGCCCAUGAGUUUUUUCGCUCCGCGUGGGGCUCAGCUCGGACCCAGAGCCGUCCUGCCGGCGCAGCUCGGAGCGGAGCAAGCCGAGGCUGUGCUGCUUGGCCUCAGCAAUGUGCCUUUGUCGGGGUGACAGAUCCUGGCUGCAGCAACUCACCCUGGGCUCCGGACAGGGGAGAGCCGGACGGCUUGGACGUGCGUCUCCGGUUGGGUCUGCGCGCCCUUCCCUCUGCGGCACGUCGCCCUGUCCUCCUCGUAUGCACUACAGCGAGCCUUCUGCCCUCAGUGCCAGGAUCUCCAGGAGCACAACGAUGCCCCAGAGAGCUCCUGGUGGUGGUGGUGGUGGUGGUGGUGGUGGGCUCUGUGGCCGCCCCAGCCCCACACUCUCCUCUCAGCCCUCGCACUGCUUGCGGACUCCGUACACCCAGGGGAACGUGGCCGGGUCUUUCCCGCAUCCCCCUGCAGCUCCGGCCAGCGCUUUUUUUUUUUUUUUUUUUUUUUUAAAUUUCUGUGUCUGAUGCAAGGUGGAGAAACAACUCAAGUGUCAAAGGGAAGAGCCCACAGGGCGCUGAGCUGCCGGGCAGGUGGCAGGUUCUUUUUCUGAGCACCAGGGUGACCUGCAGGCCGUCCUGGGCUGUGGAGGAGCCGCUGUGAUGCCUCUGCAAGCUCAGCAAGGCCAGGGGAGAAGGGCUGGAGCGUGCUUGGUCCUGCAUGGGAGUUGCUGUGAAUGGCUCUGCUACCUAGCCCUGUCCCUGGAGGGAGAGUGAGCGAGAGAAGCUGCUGAAUCCUUAGAGGAAGAAGCAGCUACUGUAACUUUUUUUUUUUUUUUUUUUUAAUUUUUAAGUUAAAGACAAAAGAAGCCUUGGAGAAAAAAAAAAAAAAAAAAAAAAAAAAAAAAAAAAGAAAAUGACUUUAUUUUUCUAAGUGUUAAACUCAGUAUUUAUGUAAUUCUUUAAGGAAUAAAAGUUUGGCUCCUGUACAGUUUUCAUGGGGUUUGUACCAGGGGGAUGGGAGAGGGGUGGGUGGGCAUGGAGGCAGGAAAGGGGCCUUGCUUUUGAGUUUGUAUUGUAACCUUGGACAUGUUCCCUCAGCAUUAGCGUUUAAGCUGUGCUCUCCACCCACCAGCAUGUGCCAGGGAUCAAGCUGAACCGAGUGGGAUGCUUGUUUCCCGCUUACCUGUACUGAGGACUCCAUACCUGUCAUUUUGGGCUUAACGGGCAGAAGGCAAGUGAAGCAGUGGCUGGUCUCUAGAAGUGAGAAACCCAUCCCUCAGGAGCAAGGGGCUCACAGUGUGCCUGGGUGCCAGAGAUGGGCUGGGUUUUCUGAUGUCUGCCCGGUUCGCCUCCGGUCCUGGGACCUGCGGCCGUUCUGUGUCGCCGCUCUUGGCGCGGAGCAGUGCUACCUGUGACUGCCGAAGGGAUACGGGCAUCCCCUACUCCUCCUUGGGUGGUGAGGGGCCAGCAGUGGCUUUAUCCCUGCUCGCUGUACGGGUAGCAUCUCCUCAACUUCUAGCUGAUGAUCUUUGGGCUGUAGUUCCCCCUCUACAGCCAUUCCUUAGCGCAUGGAUGCGGACAGGUCCCCUCCAAGCCCCCCUGCCCUGCGCAAAGUGCUCCCAGAGCGCGGCGUUCCAGCCCUCUGUCUGAAGCCUGGGAAGGGCUUGGGGGGGACUGGGGUGGGCUAUCUGGUGAGAGGGAUUACGUGCUGCCUCCCCUUAGUAUCCUCGCUCUAAGAGCGAUGCGUAUCCCGCGGCUCGGAGCGCGCGGGAGUGCCGUGCCAUGCCCCUUUACGAGGUGUGCGAAGGCUGCUCGGUGACGCUUCCAAAACAAGGUUGGGUACCUAGGAGUUCAUCCAGGGAGAAGGAUGGGGUUGGGGUUUGCAUUGCCCUUCGCCCCAGCACAUCACUGUGGCCUGGCUUUGCUCCGCUUUGCUUCUGCUAGCACUGUGGAGCAGAGCUGUUGGGCUGGGAUGGCAGGAAUGCCCCUGCUGCUACAGGGUGUCUGACUGCGUCCCCUCCCUGGCUCCCCAAAGGCAACUGCUGGUUAAACGCUAAUGGUGUAUUUUAUUUAAGUGCAGACUUGUAAGAAGACUUGUGUAUCAGGGAUGAAUUGGCAUUUAUUGUGUGGUGACAUUUUUAGUUCAUUUUACCGGUUUGAGGGUUGUGUGUGUGUGCGUGUGUGUGUGUGUGCGCGCGUGUGUACGCAUAAGUGUGUGUGGGAUUUUUUUUUUUUUUUUUCCCCCCCCUCCAGUUUCCAGGGUUGUGUUUCUGGAAGGAUGUGGAAGUAAUCACAGUACUAUGUACAGAGCUUUCUUUUGUAUUAAAAAAAAUUACUCUUUCAAUAAAUGUUAUCAUUUUGUGCACA